CCUCCACGUCUGCCAGUCCCUGCCGUCAUCCUUUCCCUCCCGGGCCCGACCCCCAGCAAGACCCAGAGCCCACCCCACGCACAGAACCACGCCCACUCUCACCCACCCACCACUGACCGAGGGGCUGUGGACCUCAAUUACAGCAGGGUCAUGAGGCUUCCAGAACCGGAGGUCCCUUUGUUGACCAGUUGAAACCAAUAUAAAUAUGGCUUUCUGCGGCCGUAAUAUACUCUUUGCUAUUGCUAGAACAAGAAGUCCUCACUUUUUUGUCCACCCUAGCCACCCUCGAUAUUCCCCAUCAGUUUCAUUUCUUCAACUGGCAGACUCCCAUUUAAAUCAAACCUAUGUGAAGAACUAUGGAAGCCAAAAAUUCUUGUAUCCUAUUCAGUCAAGCAGCAAACUACCUCAUUUACGAACUAAGGCAAUACGAAAACUACAUACAUCCACUUGCUGGCUUCAAGAUUUCCCAGAUAAGCCUAAACAAACCAUGGAAAAAUCAGUAAGAGCAAACCCCAAAACCCCAAAAGAAACAGGGAUUAAGACUGAGAAGGUCAAACAGUCUUUGAGACAAAAAAUUGUGGCUGAACUUAAACAUUAUUACAAUGGAUUUUACUUGCUUUGGAUCGACACCAAAGUUGCUGCCAGGAUGGUAUGGAGACUGUUACAUGGACAGGUGCUGACCAGACGAGAGAGACGAAGGCUCCUGAGAACUUGUGCUGAUCUCUUCCGCCUGGUUCCAUUUAUUGUGUUCAUAAUUGUUCCCUUCAUGGAAUUCCUGUUACCAGUAUUUCUGAAACUCUUUCCAGACAUGUUGCCAUCAACUUUUGAAACUGAAUCCAAAAAGGAAGAAAAACAGAAAAAGAAAAUGGCAGCAAAGUUGGAAUUAGCAAAAUUUCUCCAAGAAACUGUUACAGAGAUGGCAAGGAGGAACAGAACCAAGUUGGGAAAAGGCUCCAAAUUAGGAGAUGCCUCUACACAGUUUUCAUCCUAUGUAAAACAGGUCCAGACAGGCCAUACACCUAGCACAAAGGAGAUUGUUCGAUUUUCCAAACUCUUUGAGGCUGACCUAACUCUGGAACACUUAGACCGAUCUCAACUGGUUGCCCUGUGCAAACUCCUAGAGCUUCAGACCCUUGGAACCAAUAACCUGCUCCGCUUUCAGCUUGUGAUGGCACUGAAAUCUAUAAAAGCAGAUGAUGAAGUAAUUGCCAAAGAAGGAGUGAAUGCCUUGAGUGUAUCUGAACUACAAAGUGCCUGUAGAGCCCGAGGGAUGAGGUCACUGGGGCUCACUGAGAAGCAAUUGAGAGAACAGCUCACACAGUGGCUGGACCUCCAUCUGAAAGAGAAUGCCCCUCCUUCUCUGUUGUUGUUGUCCCGUACCUUCUAUCUGAUAGAUGUGAAGCAAAAGCCCAUUGAGAUUCCUUCAGGCAGUAAGAUGGAAGCAUUGAAAAAACUGCCACCUACUACACAACUGCUACCUGUUUCAUCACCUGAAAAAUCUCUUUCUUCUUCCAGAGUCAAAUCACAAACCUCAUCCCAAAGCAGCAAGGCUAAUGCAAAUGGAGUCUAAGGCCACUUGAAGAUGAUGCUGUAAUCCAUUCACCCACUCUAUCUCCAUACCUCAGUAGGUAAAGGAACUCCAGGUUGGGCUGUUUAUAUCCUUCUUCGGAAUAUAGCCAUUUCGUCAUUGCAGCAGUACUCCUUGAGGCCCCGAAACCUAACCCAGGUGAUGUUAGCCAUGAAUCUAAUCUCACAUUCUUCAGAAAGUCCAUUUCUUUUCUGCCACUAUUCACUCCCACUGUAAAUUAACUCC